AUGUCAUUGAAUGACGAACUGAUAGACAAAGGGUAUAACAUUUAUAUGGAUAACUGGUUUUCCAGUUCUGACUUGUUUCAGGAGAACAAAUGCCUGUGGGACGGUCCACGCUUUCAGGAGGAACAUGCCCCUCCAUCUUUGAAAGCCGAAACUAACUUGAGAAAGGAGAAUUUGCAUACGGAUAGUGGUCUCCUGGCGUUGGUCUGGCGAGACAGAAAGUCCGUGACUAUGCUGAAUACGAUGCACUCUGCUGCAAUGUCUGAAACUGGCAAACGGAAUCGUGCGGGGGACCCCAUCAUAAAACCUGAUGUUGUACUGGACUACAACAGAGCAAUGAGUGGGGUGGAUAGAUCCGAUCAGCUGGCCACAACGCACAAAUCUGCACAAAGAUUCGGAAAAUGGUACAAAAAAGUAUUUUUGUACCUUGUGUAUAUGGCACUCAUGAACACACAUCUGAUCUGUGUGGCAAAUGCCGGGUGGCGAAGCAACUUGAUUCGCAUUUCGCGAGGCUUUGAUAAAUGA